AUGAUGACGUACCGGCCGUGCUGUAUUGUUUGCUGCUCAGACUGCGAUACGGAUGGUAUCUUCACAAGUUGUCAACACUUCAUAUGUCCCCGCUGUGCUGGGCGUUAUCCUCCGGGUCAAUGUCCACGUUGCCGGAAACCCUGUAAGGCCGUGAAGGCAGGUCCUGCCCUGCCGAAGGAAGUUGCCGACCGCGUUUCACAUAACCCGCAGCAUCUGUUGCAGCUGGCAGCACAGGCCCUUGACUUUCAGCGGCGACAGGAGCAGCAGUCCCUACAGCGGUUGCGGGAGCUAGUGACAACGCUGAAUCAGAGCAACCGAAGCAUGGCGUCACAGAUUAGUGCCGCAAAGGCAGAGCGAGAGGAAUUACUUACCACUAUCAAACAAUUGCAAAGACAAUUGUAUACCCAGCAACAGCAACAGAGCCAGCAGCAACUUCAGCUUCACACUUCUCAACGAACGUCGGAUGUUCCGGCGAUCAGUAAUGACGGAAGAAGCUGUGGCGUGACAACAUAUAAUGGAGGUGUGGCGGCCGCCGUGAAGCGGUCCACGCCCGUUCAUGCCAGUGGCCCGCCCGGUUUCACAAAUGGUGCACCGGCUGCCCGGGGUUGGCUUUCGUCUCCAGCCCCAUCCAAUGGUGCCGCCGAUGCCUUCACACCACUUGGCUGGGGUCAGUCAAAGCGGUCACGCGAGGAAGGUCCGCAGACACCAACAAACACUGAGCAGACGCGCUUCCGCCUCGCAACACCGGCGAUUACAUUGCGCAAUGUACUUACGGGAUCACGGGAGACCACCCCGCGGAAUCGUAUGGAUUGCGUUGGUACUAUGGCACCUCCCAGGCCCCUGCAGAGUCUUUUGUGCCGUGGCCCGUAA